AUGGACUCGGGCCAAGACCCGCCGCAACGUGGUGGUCUUGGAUCAACAAAUGACCAUCUCUCGCCUUUGACUCGUUCAUACAGCCAAGCUGCGGCAGACGAACUUGCAUAUGGCGACCCCGGCAUAUCACCUGAAGACGUUCCCACCACCGUGCGACCGCCUAUAGCGGCACUGAGUGAACUCUCAGCGAAUGCAUCUGGCAUCAGUGAGGAUGAAGAAAUUGGUCUUGAGGGCAUUAAACCCAGUCUUUACCAGAUCGACGCUCGGAGAAGGCGAGCGAAGUUACCUGACGAGGAAACUCCGCUAAGACAGGUCAACAACACCAAUGGUACAGCUGGAGGUUCUGCCCAGAAUGACAGUAAAACGUCACGAUGGAGAUGGAGAAGAAGACAUAGUAGGCCUCCAAAUGCAUCCACGUUGAACGAGAAAUCAAAGUUAAGGCAUGUGAUGCUUCAAUGGGGGAAGGCCGAAAUGGGGCCCGAGAAGCUGGUCCUCAAUGCAAAAGUCGUAGAUCAGCGAAGACUUGCUGGUUCCGAGUCUCAGAAAUAUGUCUCUUGGCAUCACUUAGAGUCCAACACCCUGCUUUUCGGUCGGCUCAAUGAUCUCGUUGUAGAGGCGAAGGAACAAGGCCUACAAGAGAGCGAGGCUAGGCUGACACACCGUUUGAUAGGAGGAGUGAAGCGGAAGGCAGAGAAGCCUUUCGUGGGCGGAAGUUUCCUGAACCCAUUAUCUCUUCGAUAUGACAGCAUGGACGAUUCCAAGUACAACGUGGGGAAAUGUUCAACAUUUAUUGCGUUUCCAUAUUUCCUGGUGGCAAAAGAAGGAAUAAGUCCUUUGUACGAGAAAGCCAAGCCAGACCAUCCUAUCAGAACGCUACUUCAGUCUUGUUACCGACUGAAUGACACCUCAGAGCGCGACGAAACCCAGUGUAUAAGGAUGCUAUCACGAAAAGCUUUAAGAUCAUGUAUCAAGCUUGAAGAUGACAAGCUUCCCGACGUAUCUCGAAAAGUGCAGGAAGAGUUGAUUUACGUCCCUCAAUUGUGGGCCUUGACCCUGGGCCUAGACAAGUUGGUCACGAUGGGACCUGCAAGCGAUCCCAGCCUUCAGGGCAUGUCUUUUUUCGUUAAAGACGACGAAACUGCAUGUGCAACAAAACGAUGCUUUCUAGUCCGACUACAAUUCAAGAAUCAAGGUAGACUUGAGCAUGUGACAUACCCAAUCGGGCAGUGUGCUUCUUGGUUUGGUCUUCUGAACAAGCAUCAGCAGAUACGUGGCAUUCUCCAGAAAGGAAGGGAGAGCGCUGAUCCCAAGGACUAUGCGAUUACCGUCAAUGACCAGAAAAUCGAAGCUAAAACGUGGGCUUCUGUGCAGAGGUCUUGUUCCGAUGAUGUUUUGAAGAUAUGGAUAAAAACCCCAAAGAUGAAGAUCCGAAAAUCAUCAAAUCCAAACAUUAAGGUGUCCCUGCCAGGCAUGGAGUCCAGUCAAUCAACCGAUCACUCCGAGGUAGAGCAGGACCCAGCGGAAAGAGAGCAGGACUCGGAACCCGAAGCAACAGAUUCGAGAAGGCAAUCGGCAACGCCGACAGUUUACGACAGUAUGACCACGGUCCCAGUCGUGAAACCAUUUCUUCACUGGCGCAUUGUGGACGAGUCCGGUGAGUCGAAGGAGCUCACAUGUGAACAGACUGUAAAUAGGUUUCUGAACGCGAUCUUUCGCUCCGUUCCCGCUCAUUUAAAGGGUCACACGUAUACGCCAUCGUCCGGAGCAGCACCGUCUACGGCGACCAGAGACUUGAUCGCCCAGAGGCCUACGGUACAGAUCACAGGAAAGAAUCUCCAUGACGUCGUCAAUACUGUAAAUCUCAUCAUCCUCAACAGACCUGAAGAGCAUAAUCAAACGGCUAGCGCGCUCGUUGACGAAAUUAAAAGGCUCUUGGGCUACUUCUUUCUCCUCAACCAUGACCCUCAGCAUCCUCCUGUUCGACUCCUUUGGGGUGCGAUCAAUGAAGUUCUAUCAAGGGCUAACCCGUCAUAUCUUCUGGAUAUCCUAAAAAAGUCGCAUGACCUCAACUUCUGGGCUGAACGUAUCCAUCUCGGAGUCCAUUACCAGCAGCUCUCACCACAAGACCCUGCUCCUGAACCCAGCACCAGACAGCCGGAUCAUUACGUAGACGCGAUAUCGCCGGAUGCAAUCCUCAUGUCCUCACUAGUCGACGCUCUUGGCGCCAUUUUCAACAUCAGCAAGAAGGUCUUCAGCGCCUACAAAGACGCCCGAGCUAAACUCGUGAAGGCGCGAGACGAACUGAUCACCGAAGCAAGCGGGAUGGCAAGCGGAGAACAUAUCGGCCCGGUGCUGACUCCAGAAGCCCUACUCAUCAUGACGAUGGAGCGUCUAGUCAAGGGCGUCUUCGAAAACGGCAACGUAAACAUCAUCGAGAUCCUAGAAGAAUGCGUUGAACAUCUGGCCCUCAAAGUCCGAGAUCGCUACUCCCGCCGCCUCCUCCAAAUGCUGAACGCCUUCGAAGAAGAGCUAAACGGCGUCCACGACGUCCUGAAGCAACAAAUCCAAGUCCUCAGCGAAUUCCGCUGGUAUCUAGACCCCGAAUCUUUCAUUGCGCCUUCCACGGCGCGAAAACUCCGAUUCGAUUUCGAAAAGAAAGGCAUCGAUCGCAUCCUCGGCACCGUGCGCGAGCAAGUCAAGAAUUGUAAGGAGCUCCAAAAGCGCGCAAAGACGCUGAGUAUUCAGAACGUGCAGCUCGUGGAGACACUGCAGGAUGAUAAUGGGAGGGCGAUUUUUAUCUUCACGUUUAUUACGGUGCUGUUUCUGCCCCUGAGUUUCGUAGCGGGUUUUUUUGGAAUGAACUUGAAGGGCGUGGGAGAUACGAGUAAUAGGGUCGGUUUGUUUUGGAAGAUCGCGAUGCCAUUGACAGGGGGGAUUAUUCUGAUCUGUGCUGCUGUCGUUAAGUGGGGCGAGAGAAUCUGGUUUGGAUUUACGACGGCGCCGAGGCGUUUUGGGGAUCUGUAUAAAAGAGGGAUGUUGUGA